AUGGGAGGCGUUUGUGCCAGAGACAGAGGAGGAGAAGAAGGACGAGGAGGUAGGCAGCAGUCGGGCGUCAGUGAAGACCCGGGUGUUCGACCUGAAGACGUGGAGCGGGUCACCUCUGCCGACGAGAGAGGGUUCGUCUCCGAGAGCGAAGACGCCACAGGACAGAGACAUUAUCUGUCAGAGGGGGCGCUGCUGUACACCCCGGACACAGACGCCUCUAAAGUGUCGGACGCAGAGGUUCCUCCCAGUUACAGUAAAGCCGUGAGCUUCGACCGCCUGGAGGUGAGCGAGGACGAGAGCGACAUGGAGCACAGGAGGAUGAUGGUCAUGACGCCCGACAGUCAGUCUGACUGCAGCCGCUCCGACCUGCUGCCCUCCUUCACCACAGAACUGACGGCCAGUGAGCUGCUGCUCAACAAGAUGUUCUAUGACGAGGAGCUGGAUCAGUCAGAGAAGUUCUACAGUGCGCAGCCGCUGGUCCUGCAGCUGGUCUACGCGCUCUACAACAUGCUGGUGGCGCACUCGGAGAUGGUCUGCUUCCUGGUCAUCAUCAUCAACCACAUGGUGUCGGCCUCCUGCAUCACGCUGGUCCUCCCCAUCUCCAUCUUCCUCUGGGCCAUGCUCUCGGUGCCACGGCCCAGCAAGCGCUACUGGAUGACCGCCAUUGUGUACACAGAGGUCACCAUCGUGAUCAAAUACUUCUUCCAGUUUGGGUUCUUUCCCUUUAAUCAGCACAAUCUGGACAAGAACAAAGCCUUCUAUCCUCCGAACAUCAUCGGGGUGGAGAAGAAGGAGGGGUAUGUGCACUACGACCUGGUGCAGCUGCUCGCCCUCUUCUUCCACCGCUCCAUCCUCAAGCUGCUCGCCCUCUUCUUCCACCGCUCCAUCCUCAAGUGUCACGGCCUGUGGGACGACGAUGACCCCAAACAGAAGCCAGCUCCUCCUGGUCCCUCUGAGGAGUCCGAGGAGGAGAGGUCCAGGUCUGAGGAGGAGAAGUCCAAGGCCGAUGAGAGCGAGUCCGAGUCCCUGCGCAGUGUCUCUCAGAGGAGGGGCUCUGGGACCACCCUGAAGUCCAUCACCUUCGGGACGCCCAUGGACCCGGAGACGGUGCAGGUGUCGUGUCCUCCGCCUCAGACGUACCAGCGACGCAAGAGCUCCACGUCCGGAGGCUCGCUCAUGUCCCAGAAGUCUCUGCAUUCGUCUGCUCGCUCCAAGAGAGGAAGCGUGACGUCUCGCCACAGCAGUCUCCGCAGCGAGAUCAGUGUUCGGCUCAAAACACGCAAAGAGAUGAUUUUGGAGAAAGUGAAGGAGCAGCUGUACAAGGGCAAAGGAUUCAUGAUCCGGAGGGUCCUGGAGAUCUACUUACCCAUAAGGCAGUUCUUCUAUAACCUGAUCCACCCGGAGUACAGCGCCGUCACCGAUGUCUACGUCAUGAUGUUUCUCGCCGACACCGUGGACUUCAUCAUCAUCGUCUUCGGCUUCUGGGCGUUUGGGAAACACUCGGCCGCAGACAUCACCUCGUCUCUGUCCGAGGACCAGGUUCCGGGCCCGUUCCUGGUGAUGGUUCUGAUCCAGUUCGGGACCAUGGUGGUGGACCGGGCCUUGUACCUGCGCAAGUCUGUGGUGGGGAAGGUCAUCUUCCAGGUCAUUCUUCUGUUCGGGAUCCACUUCUGGAUGUUCUUCAUUCUGCCUGGAGUCACCGACAAGCGCUUCAGUGAGAACCGCGUGGCUCAGAUGUGGUAUUUUGUGAAGUGUAUUUACUUCGGCCUCUCUGCGUACCAGAUCCGCUGUGGUUACCCCACUCGGGUCCUGGGGAACUUCCUCACCAAGAGCUACAACUACGUCAACCUGUUCCUGUUCCAGGGAAAUGUUGUUUUAAAGUUGAAGUUGGAGGAAUGUGGAGAAGGAGUCACCGAUGGCUCCACGUGGGAAAAGUCCAUCCGACAGAUCGGCUUCGAGAGUGUGAUCGGAGCGGACGCGGGGAACGGAAUGCGGAUCUUCAUCCCGGACAUUGGGAUGUUUGUGGCCGGGCUGGGGAUCUGGCUCCUGUGCCGGAGUCUGGUGCAGAAGAGGGCGGCGGAGGAGAUGGGGCAGUACAACGCAGACUUCGAGCCCGAGGAGCAGGAGGAGCAGGAGCAGGAGGAGAAGCUCAGUCUGGACGACCACAUCCUGCUGGACGACCUGGAGGCGGGAUACGAGGCCGAGCAGGAGGAAGACGAGCUGUUCGACGAUGAGGAGGACGAAGAGGAGGAGGAGGAGGUGAAGGAGAGCGCCAAGAUGAGAGUGCUGCGCAUCGUGGCGGAAGUGGCCUCCAAGCUCAAGGACGUGAUCGGGAACCUCAUCACCACCGCCGGGAAAGUGGUGGUCACCAUCCUGCUGGGCAUGGCCGGGAUGAUGCUGCCCUCUCUGACCUCGGCCGUGUACUUCCUGGUCUUCCUGUUCCUGUGCACAUGGUGGUCUCUCUGCCGGACGUUCGACGCGCUGCUCUUCAGCUGCAUGUGUGUCCUCAUGGCCAUCUUCAGCGCCGGUCACAUCGUGGUGCUCUACCUUUACCAGUUCCAGUUCUUCCAGGAGGCCAUCCCAGCGGGAGACAACUACAUCAAGGUGUUCGGCAUCUCUCCCAUCGUGCACAGUAACUGCUCGUGCACCUGGAGACUCUCGCUGCACCCGGACCGACGAUGGUUCCACUUCGUCAAUCCCAUCAUGCUCCUGGUCCUGUACUACACCCUGGCCACGCUGAUCCGGCUGUGGCUGCAGGAGCCCAUCCAGCACCAGGAGGAGAAGGAGGAGGCCGAGGGCGAAGAGGAGGAGACACUGGGAAACGGAACAAAUAACUCAGCGGAGCGGAAACGGCAGCUGUGGUGGAGGUCCCAACAGGGCACCGACGAGAAGAAUGUGAGGAGCAGGGGACCUCCUCUCUGUCACCUCCUCUCUGUCUUCACCUCCUCUCUGCCUUCACCUCCUCUCUGUCUUCACCUCCUCUCUGCCUUCACCUCCUCUCUGUCAUCACCUCCUCUCUGCCUUCACCUCCUCUCUGUCAUCACCUCCUCUCUGUCAUCACCUCCUAUCUGUCAUCACCUCCUCUCUGUCAUCACCUCCUAUCUGUCAUCACCUCCUCUCUGUCACCUCCUCUCUGUCAUCACCUCCUAUCUGUCAUCACCUCCUCUCUGUCACCUCCUCCCUGUCAUCACCUCAUAUCUGUCAUCACCUCCUCUCUGUCAUCACCUCCUCUCUGUCACCUCCUCUCUGUCAUCACCUCCUAACUUCCAUCACCUCCUCUCUGUCACCUCCUCUCUGUCUUCACCUCCUCUCUGUCAUCACCUCCUCUCUGUCUUCACCUCCUCUCUGUCAUCACCUCCUCUCUGUAUUCACCUCCUCUCUGUCUUCACCUCCUCUCUGUCUUCCCCUCCUAUCUGUCAUCACCUCCUCUCUGCCACCUCCUCUCUGUCUUCACCUCCUCUCUGUCAUCACCUCCUAUCUGUCAUCACCUCCUCUCUGUCUUCACCUCCUCUCUGUCUUCACCUCCUCUCUGUCUUCACCUCCUCUCUGUCAUCACCUCCUCUCUGUCUUCACCUCCUCUCUGUCUUCACCUCCUCUGUCUUCACCUCCUCUCUGUCUUCACCUCCUCUCUGUCAUCACCUCCUCUCUGUCUUCACCUCCUCUCUGUCUUCACCUCCUCUCUGUCAUCACCUCCUCUGUCUUCACCUCCUCUCUGUCAUCACCUCCUCUCUGUCUUCACCUCCUCACUGUCUUCCCCUCCUCUUUGUCUUCACCUCCUCUCGGUCACCUCCUCUCUGUCUUCACAUCCUCACUGUCUUCCCGUCCUCUCUGUCACCUCCUCUCUGUCUUCACCUCCUCUCUGUCUUCACCUCCUCACUGUCUUUCCCUCCUCUCUGUCUUCACCUCCUCUCUGUCACCUCCUCUCGGGCACCUCCUCUCGGUCACCUCCUCUCUGGCUUCACCUCCUCUCUGUCUUCACAUCCUCAAUGUCUUCCCGUCCUCUCUGUCACCUCCUCUCUGUCUUCCCCUCCUCUCUGUCACCUCCUCUCUGUCUUCACCUCCUCUCUGUCUUCACAUCCUCUCUGUCUUCCCCUCCUCUCUGUCACCUCCUCACUGUCUUCCCCUCCUCUCUGUCACCUCCUCUCUGUGUGUGACUUUGCACUAACCCUGUGCUCUCUGUCUUCACCUCCUCUCUGUCUUCACCUCCUCUCUGUCACCUCCUCUCUGUCUUCACAUCCUCACUGUCUUCCCCUCCUCUCGACUCAGGACUGCAUCAGUUCUCACGAGGUUGUCCCCACCUCUAAUGGAACUUCUUUUGAGUUCGUAACCACGGACAACGGCCCGGUCUGUCUGGACCUGUUCUCCACGCCUCAGUACAAACCAGAGCCCAAAACUGAUGAAGAUCAGAAGGAGUGUGUGUUGAUGGUUCCGUCACUGGUUUCUCCUCCUGCAGAUCAGAAGGAGUGUGUGUUGAUGGUUCCGUCACUGGUGUCUCCUCCUGCAGAUCAGAAGGAGUGUGUGUUGAUGGUUCCGUCACUGGUGUCUCCUCCUGCAGAUCAGAAGGAGUGUGUGUUGAUGGUUCCGUCACUGGUGUCUCCUCCUGCAGAUCAGAAGGAGUGUGUGUUGAUGGUUCCGUCACUGGUGUCUCCUCCUGCAGAUCAGAAGGAGUGUGUGUUGAUGGUUCCGUCACUGGUGUCUCCUCCUGCAGAUCAGAAGGAGUGUGUGUUGGAGGUGACACUUCCUGCUGAGGACUCGGGAUCAGAGCGACAGGAGGAAGAGGAGGAGCAGGAGGAGCAGGAGGAGCAGGAGGAGCAGGAGGAGCAGGAGGAGAACAGCACGGUGCAGGCUCGUCUCAGCGCCAUGGUCAAAGUCUUCCAGUUCAUCAUGAAACAGAGCUACAUCUGUGCCCUGAUCGCCAUGAUGGCCUGGAGCAUCACGUACGUCAGCUGGCUCACCUUCGUCUUCCUCAUGUGGUCCUGUAUGCUGUGGAUGGUGCGCGACAGGCGGCGCUACGCCAUGCUGUCGUCCCCAUUCAUGGUUGCCUACGGCGACCUGGUGAUCGUGCUGCAGUACAUCUGGAGCUUCGAGGACAUGGAGGAGAUCUCGGGGCUGUUUGUGAAGAAGAACAACCCCUUCCACUCACUCUCCUCCAAGGUCAUGUGUCUGCUGACCUUCUGGCUGCUGCUCAGACAGACUCUGACAGAGCGAGAGGAGAAAGCAGAGCAGGAGAGAGCGGGACUGUCCCAGGUGCAGGUGGACGACCACAAGAAGAAAGAGGAGGAGAGCGGACAGGAGGGGGCAGAGACAGACACCAUGCAGGUCCUGGGCAGCCUGAUCAUGGCCGUCCUGGUGAAGUACUGGAUCUACAUCUGUGGUGGAAUGUUCUUCUUCGUCAGCUUCGAGGGAACCAUCGUCAUGUACAAAAUCAUCUACAUGAUGAUGUUUCUGUCCUGCGUCGCACUCUACCAGGUCCAUUACGAGUGGUGGAGGAGGAUCUUGAAGUACUUCUGGAUGUCUGUGGUGGUCUACACCAUGUUAGUCCUGACGCUCGUCUACACCUUCCAGUUCAAGAGGUCCCUGGAUUUCUGGUCCAGGAUGUUGAACCUGGACAAGGGCGGCCUGGAGGACCUGGGUCUGGAGCAGUUCACGCUGGCUCAGCUCUUCACGCGGAUCUUCAUCCCGACCUCGUUCCUCUUGGUCUGUAUCCUGCACCUGCACUACUUCCACGAGCCGUUCCUGCGCCUCACGGACCUGGAGGCGGUCGUGGCCAAAGAGCAGAGCACCAUCUACAGCCACGCUAAGGUCAAUGGGCGAGUGUAUAUGAUCAUGACUAGCAUCAAGAAAAGAAUCCCCAUGCAAUCCAAACUGGCCCAUCCCGAGGGCAGCCUGGCCGACCUCACCAUGCUCAGCGCCAGCUCGGUGGAAGCCAUUCUGCACCCGAGAGGCGAGGAGGAGGUGUCUGUGGAGCGAGGAGGCGAGUGGGAGCAGGAGCAGGAGCAGGAGAAGGAGAAGGAGAAGGAGAAGGAGCAGGUUCUGGUGGUGGUGGUGGACGAUGGAGACGGGUUCCACCGCAGAAGUCUCCCGGAUCUGAGGCAGUCGAGCAGCGAGAGCCACCACUGCAGCGCCAAGACGGAGCCAGAGCAGAGCAUCGAGCACAGUUCUGACCUGAGGAGUAAGUGGCACUUGGUGGUGGACCGUCUGAGCGUCCUGUUUCUUCGGUUCUUGGAGUAUUUCCACAAACUGCAGCUGUUCGCCUGGUGGCUCCUGGAGAUCCACAUUAUUAAGAUCGUGGCCUGUUACAUCGUCCUGGUCUCCGUCAAAGAGGUGUCCUUGUUGAACUAUGUGUUCCUGGCGUCCUGGGCCUUCGCUCUGCCGUACAGUCAGUAUCGCCCCCUAGCGUCCAGCGUCUGCACCGUCUGGACCUGCGUCAUCAUCGUCUGCAAGAUGUUGUACCAGCUCAAGUCCAUCUCCCCCCCGCAGUACUCCAGCAACUGCUCCAUGCCUGAUGGUUACACCCCGGAGCAACAAGAGGAGCUAAAGGACUCAGUCUUGUACCGGUCUCUGGUGGAUCCAGCAAACUGGGUCGGUCUGGACAAGGCCGAUGACGUGCUCUCGUAUCUGCGGAACAACCUGCUGAUGCUGGCGGUGCUGGUGUUUGAGGUGACCAUAUACCGACACCAGUUGUACUUCAGGCUCCGGAACAAGCUGAGUCCUCCGGCCGCUCGCAUCAUCUUCCACGACGUCACGCGGCAGCAUCUGGACAUCGGCAUCGUCCACUUCGUCAAAUACUUCGUCAACUACUUCUUCUACAAGUUUGGGCUCGAGACCUGCCUGCUGCUGGGAGUGAACGUGAUUGGUCAGAGGAUGGACUUCUACUCCAUGCUCCACUCCUUCGCUCUCAUCGCGGUCAUGUUCCGGAGGCGGAGGAAAGCCAUCGCAGAGAUCUGGCCCAAAUACUGCUGCUUCCUGGCCUGCAUGCUCACCUUCCAGUACUUUGUCUGCAUCGGCAUCCCCCCUGCUGCCUGUAAAGAUUACCCCUGGAGGUUUCCCAACUCCACCACCGACUCCAAAGUGGUCAAGUGGCUCUACGUCCCCGACUUCCGCACGAGCCCCAACCCCUCCUUCCUCAUCUACGACUACAUGCUGCUGCUGUGUGCCUCGUUCCAAAAGCACGUGUUUGAUGAUGAGAACAAAGCUGCAGUGAGGAUCAUGGCCGGAGACAACGUGGAGAUCUGCAGAGACCUGGACGCCGCCUCCUUCAGCGUCCACAACCCAGUGCCAGACUUCAUACACUGCAGAUCGUACCUGGACAUGCUGAAGGUCAUCAUGUUCAGUUAUCUCUUCUGGUUCGUCCUCACCAUCAUCUUCAUCACUGGUACCACCCGCAUCAGUGUGUUCUGCAUGGGGUACCUGGUGGCCUGCUUCUACUUCCUGCUGUUCGGAGGAGAGCUGCUGCUGAAGCCCAUCAAGAAGAUCCUCCACUACUGGGACUUCCUCAUCGCAUACAACAUCUUCGUCAUCACCAUGAAGAACAUCCUGUCUAUCCUGGCCUGUGGAUACAUUAACUCUCUGGUGAAGCACCAGUGUUGGCUCAUCCAGCUCUGUAGUUUGGCCUGUACCAUCAAGGACUACAACAUCGUCAUCAACCAGGACCAUCUGGCGGCGGAGGAGCGGUGUGAGGUGCCCACGGGAGAGGCCGGCAUCAUCUGGGACAGCAUCUGCUUCGCCUUCCUCCUGCUGCAGCGCAGGGUCUUCAUGAGCUACUACUUCCUCCAUGUGGUGGCCGACGUCAGGGCGUCUCAGAUCCUCGCCUCCAGAGGAGCUGAGCUGUUCCAGGCCACGAUGUGA